AUGCCAGAAAUACCACUGCCUAUUAAUUGUUUCUAUUCUUUUGUUAAUGCAACAGAUUCAAUAUUAUAUCGAAAAGCAACAUUAAAUGAAUGUAGAUUUUCUAAAUCUGCUGGUUUAUUUCUUCUUAUUGUUGCAAUUGUAUCAUUCAUAAUUAAUAUUCAUUCUUUAAUAACAACUAGAAAUAAUCGUCAACUUUUAUCUCGUGAUCGAAAUCUUAUUGUUGGUAUGUUUAUAUCAUCAUUAUGUGUUAUUAUUAUAAGCUUACCAUCAGUUGUUUUACAAUGUUUUCUUUGUCAUCGUUUAUGUUCAACAUUAAUUUGUCAUAUUGAAGGUUUUAAUUCAUUUUUUAAUGGUUGUAUAACAAUGUAUAUGCUUGUUGCAUUAUCAAUUUUACGCUAUAUAACAACAGCUAAUUCAUCAUUAUCAAUAAAUUUUCAGAAUAAACUUGAAAGACAUACAUUAAUACUUAUUAUGAUUUCUUUUAUAUUGGCAAGUAUUUGGACUGUACCACCAAUAUUUGGUCGUAUGAGUGCUUAUGUACCUGAAGGUCUUGGUUUUCAUUGUGGUAUUAAUUGGUUUGAUAUAACAAUACCUAGUCGAAUCUAUUUCUUUUUACUUUUUAUUGGUGUUUAUUUUAUUCCAUUGAUUAUUAUUAUUUAUGUUAAUAUAUAUAUUAAACAAACUGUUUAUCGUUUAACACAUUUACAUCCAACAGUUUUAAUUGAAAUGGAAAAUAUUCAUCAUCAAGAUGGUGUACGAAAACAUAUUUCAAAUCAAUCACGAAAUAAAGAAAUACAACGUUUACAUCGUUUAUAUGAAGAUCGUCGUUUUGUUAUAGCUACAGGAAGAAGUCUUAUUAUUUAUUUAAUAGGUUGGACACCAUAUAGUAUUGUUGCUUUAGAUCAAGUAUUUGGUGAUAAUUUUUCAUUAUAUCAUCCAUGGGUUAUGACAACAUGUGCACUAUUAGCAAAAUUUUCGAUUAUUGUAAAUCCAAUUAUUUAUACAAUUAUACUUAAAAGUCAAGAAGUGACUGUAGUUACAUCGCAAGAAGAAUUAUUUUAA